AUGUCCUGCUGGAUAGACGCCCCUGCGCCAACUCAGCACGAGAACAACCGGGUCUUGGGCCUGAGUGUGUCAGAUGGAUCGGUGGUUUUCAAAUUUGCGCCCUACACGACCGUCUACAACUUCCAGGCUUCCACGCAACAUGAUGGAAGCUUCGUCUUUCAAGACGUCACCGGCGCAGUGUAUCGGGUCACCCUCGAGGGAAAGCUGGUUUGGUAUGGCGGCGCGAUUGAUCCAAAGAGCGCCAGCACAGCAGCCGCCGUGAUCUCCGAGGGCAAAGUUUAUGCAGUUUGCAACGUUGGUGGCGGCAUGAAGGAAGGCAUGUCAGAAGGCAAAGGCCAUUUGCAUGCGUAUGACUAUGUCACGGGGAGGAAGCUUUGGUGGCAAGAGCUGCCCUAUGAGGGUAACCAAGCAGUGGCGGUUGGCCAGCUACCUGGAGCGAAAGGCCUCUCAUUGGUGAUGGGGAUGGGAAAGAAUCCGGGCAUCCCUUGGUUCAUGUUGGUUGCCAAGAUCUUGCCCUCUUGGAUGGUGCCAUGGACCUAUCCCAUCUAUGCACUCACGUUGCGCUACCCCCACUGGUUUGCUUGGCCACAAAAUCGUGCGAUUUUGGCAUUUGAUGCGGAGACGGGUGAUCUUCAGUGGUGGCACGAGCUGCCAGCCUACCAGAAGUUGGCCAGCGAGGGAGACAACGAGAAGUUCCUCGAGCGGUACCAGGGGUGGACCAAUAACCCCAACAACGAGCCGGUUUGUAUGCCGGAUGCUAACUCUCAGCCAGUGAUCGAUGGUGCUGGAACCGCAUUUGUCCCCUUCCAAGAUGGCCACGUCUACGCAGUGCGGGAUGCGAAUGGCGAUGGCAAGAUCUCGCCAGACGAGGUCCAGUCGCACCACGUGGGUGACGCCUUCCAAGCCUCUUUGGCAAUGGCCCCGAAGAUGUUGGUCGCUCUCGACUGCCAGGGCCGCCUCAAGGUCUUCAAGGACUGA